AUGGUGUAUCGAAGUGAAGGAGCCCCAGAUGCUCCCUACUUCACUCCCGUUCAAUCACCACCUGCAGGAACAGCAACAGCAGAGCAUCCUCCAACGCUCUUUUCGCCUCUGAAAAUUCGAGAUGUUACUUUCCAGAAUAGAAUAUGGGUCGCACCAAUGUGCACAUAUUCCGCCGACAAAGGCCAUCUUACAGACUUCCAUCUCGUCCAUCUAGGCGCCUACGCAUACCGAGGUGCAUCUUUGACCAUCGUUGAAGCUACAUCCGUCACACCCAACGGACGCAUCUCCCCAGAAGACAGUGGUCUAUGGGAAGAUUCCCAAAUUGCACCUCUCAAACGUAUUGCCGACUUCCUACAUUCACAAAACCAGAAACUCGGGAUCCAACUCGCUCAUGCAGGACGAAAAGCCAGUACGCUCGCCCCGUGGAUGUCCAAGGAACGUGGCAAGGCAAUAAUAGCCACCGAGGAAGCUGGUGGAUGGCCCGGCAAUGUCUGGGGUGCAAGCCCAAUCAAAUGGGGUGAAAACUGGGCAGAGCCCAAGGAAAUGACAAUUGCCGAUAUCAAGGAAGUAGUGAACGGAUUCCGGGAUAGUGCAAUCAGAUCCGUGAAAGCUGGCGUAGAUGUGAUUGAAAUCCACGGCGCACACGGCUAUCUGGUUUCCUCGUUCCUAAGUCCCAUCAGCAACCGGCGAACCGACAAAUACGGCGGCAGUUUCGAGAACCGAAUUCGCAUACUCGUCGAGAUAAUCGAAGCCGUCCGCGCCGUCAUUCCCUCCGGAAUGCCACUUCUCGUCCGCGUCAGCGCCACAGAAUGGAUGGACAAAACCGCCCCCGAAAGCUGGGAUGUUGAGUCAACAAUUAAACUCGCAAAACUACUCCCAGCCCUCGGCGUCGAUCUUCUAGAUGUCAGUUCCGGCGGUAACAACGAGAAACAAGCCGUCGCCAUGUUCUCCGAGUACCAAAUCAGCAUCGCAGGACAGAUCCGCGCCGCGUUACUCGCCGAGGGCAUCACGAAUCUGUUAAUCGGCGCAGUUGGCAUGAUCACGGAGGCGGAAGCGGCGAAGGAGAUCGUGGAGGCUGGGAAGAACGUGGAGAAGGCUGAUACGAUUGAGAUCUCAGAUGAACAGGGCGCGAUUGCGAAAGCUGAUAUCGUGUUAGUCGCAAGACAAUUCUUGAGGGAGCCCGAGUGGGUAUUGAGAGUCGCGCAUAAUCUUGGUGUGCCGGUUGCGUGGCCGAAACAAUAUCAACGCGCGCCUUUUCCUAAGGGGAGCAAGAUUUAG